AUGAGCCCUCUUUGUGUUCACUUAGCCUUUGUGUCUAAUAUAUUUACAUCCUUCGUCUCCUUCAACCUACAGUUUUUGGCCAAUGGCGUUGUAACUUCCACCAAGGACGGGCAAAUCAACUCGAAGUGCAAAUUUAAAAAGGCGAAUGUUGGAGCCACGAUCACUGGAUACAAAGAUAUUCAGAGUGGUAGUGAGUCAGCUCUACAAUCAACAGUGGUCAAUAUUGGACCUAUAUCUGUGGCAAUUGAUGUGAGUGACGAUUCUUUCCAGCUUUACGAUUCAGGGGUCUGCUAUGAGGAAGAUUGCAGCUCUGAUGAAAUGAAGAAUCUUUUACUUCAUCUUUAA